AUGCCUGAUACACAACUUCGUUCUCCUUUUGAACAAAAAGAUGAAGUACUCACGCAGACCCCGGUGAUCUUACCGACUAUUAGCCAUCGGGCUUUACUCUCCCUUAGGGAGAGUGCCAAAGUCAUAGGUACAAAAGGUCAUACGAUUCAGAGAAGCAGAGAGGUCAAUCAUGUUAAGAUUGGACUGUCCGAAAAACAACCAGGAUGUUCUGAUCGAGUUCUUUCCUGUGCAGGGACUAUUGCCAAUGUAGCGAAUGCAUUAGGUGAUAUGGUAGACACUUUGAAUGAUAGCGAUAAUGAGACUGAAAUGGAAAGUGAAAGAUACUCUUUCCAUUUUCUGAAUCAUAUUUUACCAGCUCCAUCUCGGGAAGAGAUAAAGGAUGCUGAACAGUUGAAAAACAUUGGUACUUUAAGGUUAUUGGUAACUAACUCUCAAUUAUCGUCGAUCAUUGGGAAAGGUGGUAAUAAGAUUAAGUCCCUUAUCGACAGACAUGGCGUUAAGAUCGUAGCGUCUAGGGAUUUCUUACCUGAUAGUGAUGAACGUGUGCUGGAGAUGCAGGGAUUCCCGGGAUCUAUUACCAGUGCAUUGGUAGAGAUAAGUGAAAUCCUUUUGAAUGAAAUGGAUAUUGCAUUUGCAUCAGAGAGACGUUACUAUCCGCAUUUGAGAAAAUCGAACUCCAGUGUAAUUGGUAAAGGUUCUGAGCACACUAGUGGUAGCCAGGAAAUUGAGAAUCGAGUUUUGGGUCAGAAUUAUGAAGCUAUUGUACAUGUACCGGAGGCUUACGUUGGUGCUAUCGUGGGUCGUCAAGGCAAUAGAAUUGCCAAUUUGCGUAAAUACACAAAGACUAAGAUUAUUGUUGAAAAGAAGACCAGAAAUGAGCAACCGCCUGAUGAUCAACAGACAAGGACUUUCACCAUUGUAGGUGAUCACCAGAAGAAUGUUAAAUUAGCGGAAUCGAUGCUUCUCAAAAACUUGAGCGCAGAGAUCGGUAAACAUGAAUCGCGUAUACUAAAUGCCAAUUCGGAAACUCAACAAUAG